AUGGCUUCGUUCGGGGAAGAUGAUGAUGACAGAGACCUUGCUGGUGGGCCUCCCUGCUCGCAAGAUGGUAGCUCCGAUAAUGAAAUGGACGAUACCCUCCGAGACGCUGACGAUGGCGGUAACGACAAUGACAACGACAACGACAACGACAACGAGGCCGAUGCCGACGCCGACCAAGACGCCGACCAAGACGCAGAUACCCAAUCCAAUGCCAGUCACGUAUCGGAUAGCGCUGGUGUAGCACCCCAACCAAACGCCGAUGUCGAAAUGACCACGACCGGCCCAGUGAACAUUGUACAUGAUUCAGUUUCUGUGUAUCAUCCUCCAGUCCGGUCCGAAUGUCUCACUGCCUCUACCUACGAUAUAGUCCCUACGACGGCUGCGCCCCACAGUACAUCUAUUAAUGCGGUGACGGCGACUGCAGACAUGAGGUGGGUAUUCAGCGGCGGCUCAGAUGGAUACGUGCGGAAGUUCAAUUGGGUGGAGUCGAUCAAUAGCAAGUUGAUGUUAACCGUAGCGCAACGGCACCCCUUCGUGGACAGCGUGAUCAAGGCGGGCGUGGUAAUGACAUAUUGGGAAAACAUGGACGGCAACACUCUGUCACCGGUAUAUUCUUUAGCUAGCCAUAGUGAGGGAUUGUGGUUACUAUCCGGCUUAGAAUCGGGUGCCAUUCGCCUACAAUCCGUCCGUCAUGACGAGGGCAAGGAGAUCGCUCUACUACAACAGCAUACUUCAGCCGUGUCAGUGUUGAAUCUGACAUCGGAUGAGAAAUCAUUACUGUCUGGAAGUUGGGAUAAGCGAGUUUUUGAUUGGGACCUGAAUACGGGCCAGACUAGGCGCUCAUUUGGAUCCAGUGCCAGACAAAUUUCAGCCAUUGACCUACGGCCAGAAUCUAGUCUGCCAGUUCCUAAGGAUACCGAGACACCGCUUCCUAAUGGGACUUACUCAUCGAAUUAUCAGGCGAGUGGUGGUAAUAGCUUUGACUUCAUGGAUACGUCGAACGACCAAGGCGGUGUUGGCGACUCAUCAAACCCGCAGGCGGGCUCACCGGCAGACUCACUUUUCGGUGGAGCGGAUUCAUUGUUCGGGGAUGCAGAUGGCACCGGAGGCGAAGGGGCAGGCGCAUCAGGGAAUGCCUUUGGCAUAGAUGAAGAUGAUGAAUUUGGUAAAGCUUUAGCCAAUGGCACCCUCCCCGACGCCGAUGCGCCUGGUGAGCCUGAGCCGUCAGAUCAGCAAAAUGGUGCUCCUGAAGCGCCUGCUCCAGUUGAUACAAGCGCUCAAAUCAAGGAGGUCGCGGCGCCUCAGCAACCAGUGACUCGUGAGUCAGAGGCCGUCAAUGCCUCGUCGCAGCCUAUUAUGAAUGGGCUGCCUCACGCGGAGGAAUUGGAACCUGGCCUCGAGAGGCAAAAUCUCAGCCAACAAACAGAGUCUGAUAAGAAUGUUUCCGAUAACACCUUCCUUGCCGCAUCCAUAGACGGCACUAUCCGAGUGUGGGACAGGCGACAACCGGACCCCAUUGCUCGCAUUUCGCCUCGCAAUUCACCACCCUGGUGCAUGAAUGCAUGCUGGUCUCCUGACGGUAAUUAUAUCUACGCCGGCCGUCGAAAUGGAACUGUAGAAGAAUUCAGCCUUCACAAGGGCUUACGAGACCCUGAACGGGUUUUCAAAUUCCCGCAGGGAAGUGGGCCUGUUACGGCUCUCAGGGCGAUGCCUAACGGGCGACAUAUAGUCUGCGCCUCCCAUGAUAUUCUUAGAUUAUACGACCUGAAACACGAGCAAGUCGCUCGUCACUCAACUGUCCCGUUCCUUAUCAUCCCGGGGCAUCGAACAGGAACCGUCUCACAGCUAUACAUCGACCAAGCUUGUCGGUUCAUGGUCUCCACAAGUGGCAAUAGAGGCUGGGAAGGCAGUACCACCGAAGUCUUACUGGGGUACGAGAUCGGCGUUCCUCGGUAG